UAUUUAUUUAUUUUCUCUCCUCUCUUCCUCUGAGGUAAAAACGGAGAGCGGGCUCUGUGUUCACCUGUGUGAUGUAAUAAGCGCGCGGGCGGGGGGUUAACGUGUCACAGGAGACCAGCUGACUCACAACACUGAACCAGAUCCCGCACAGCCCCGCAGCCUGCCGCCACACAAUAGACGCGGAGAACAAUAGCCGCGCGCUGCCCGUUAAACACAACAUCAGAUCCGUGUCGGUAUGGUGAUCUGCGGGGUCUAGUUCCUGCGGAGGGUUAUCACCGAGGGACGGUUUAAAACUCCGCUGCUCCGCUAGAAUGAGCGGUUUGAGGUGUUUUGAACCCCCCCAGGAAGAAGAGCAGAGGAACACGUUGUAACGUGCUGAGGAGGGAGAGAGAGGUAGACUCACACAGAGAGAGAGAGAGGGAGAGAAAGAGAGAGGGAGGGGGAGAGAGAGAGGGAGGGAGAGAGAGAGAGAGAGAGAGAGGAGUGAAUGGGCACGACUCACUGCGCCCUUCACUUAUCGAUAUCGAUCAGUUUGGUAAUCGAGACAUUAAACCCACAGCGGGUCCGUUAGGUUAGCACCGGGAGCUAGCCGGAGCACCAGGGGCUACCAUGAUGGGACGCGUGUGAAGCAGCCCGGAGCUAACAGCAGCCUGGCGGAGAAAGGAACAAGGAAGCGGACGGCUAGCUGCGCUGCACCGAAGCUAACGUUGGCUAACUGUUGGCUAAUAUUAUUUCUAAUGAGCGACCGAGGAGCAUGCGACCUGAUACGAAGAGCUGACUUGUUCGGGGAUGUCGGGCAGUAAGGCGCUGGGCGGGGGGCUGGCGGGGGGGCGAGGCGCAGGCGGACGCGGUGCCGGCGCUGCCAGGCCUGCAUGAGGACCGAGUGUGGAGAGUGUCACUUCUGUAAGGACAUGAAGAAGUUCGGAGGGCCCGGCCGGAUGAAGCAGUCCUGCCUCCUGAGACAGUGCACAGCGCCGGUGUUGCCUCACACGGCGGUGUGUUUUGCGUGUGGAGAGGCGGGGAAGGAGGACACCGUGGACUCAGAGGAGGAGAAGUUCAGCCUCUCUCUGAUGGAGUGCACCAUCUGCAACGAGAUCAUCCACCCCAGCUGCCUCAAGAUGGGCAAAGCUGAAGGAAUCAUCAACGACGAGAUCCCAAACUGCUGGGAGUGUCCGAAGUGCCACAAGGAGGGCAAGACCAGUAAGGACCAGGCGGACGGCUCGGGGAAGCGCAGGCUGGAUAAUGGCGAGGUGGGCCGCUGGAAGCUCACAGACGACCCUCCCCCUAAAAAGAAAGCCCCUCCCUCCCUGGAGGAGGGGGGGAGGACGGACGGGGGACACAAGAGGAAGAAGGAGAAGGAGCUGCCUCAGGACAGCGGGCCCAAGAAGAAGAUGAAAGCAGCUCAUGAAAAACGCCUCAAAAAGAAACCCAAACAGGAGGCGGCGGAGUCCAAUGGUCCCACCUCCUCAGCUGGAGGAGGAGCUGGAGGACUGCAGGGCUCCUCCUCUUCCUCUCAGGCUGGAGGAGGAGGCGGUGGGGGAGGCGGGGGAGGAGCGGGGGGGACAUCGAGCGCGGACCAGCGCUCCCACCACCGAGAGAAACUGGAGCGUUUUAAGAGGAUGUGUCUGCUGGAGCGGCGGCCAUCUUCCUCCUCCUCCUCCUCCUCCAGCUCAGAGUCCGACUCUGAGUCUGACUCCGAUGACUCCCUGAGGGGGGAGCAGGGGGGAGGCUCCUCGCCCUCGUCCUCCUCCCCCGCCCCGCCUCCCCCCGUCGUGUAUGGGAACAGCAGUGGGCGGGCAGAGAGGGAGAGGAGUCGCAGCGAGAGGGAGAGGGAGAGGGAGAGGGAGAGACGCCUGGCCGAGCUGGGCUUCAGCGCCAGCGAGGAGUCAGAGGGGGAGGGAGGGAGGGGGGAGGAGGAGGACCGGGAGGAGGAGCAGGGAGGGGGAGACAAGGCCCGGCGGAGAGGGGGAGGAGAAGCAGGAUUACCUCAGCGAGGACGGAAAGGAGGGCUGCUGGACGGAGAGGAAGAGGACGCGCCCGCCUCCGACAGGACCAGGAAAAACUCCUCCUCCCUCCCCCCGCCCUCACCCCUCUCCUCCAAUCAGCUGCCUCCGUCUUCGCAGCACGACGGCUUCACGGGGAAGCAGCGCAGCAAUGGGCAGGAGGCGCGCAACGGACGGACACGGGGAGGCACGGGAGGUGGGAGGGAGGGAGGGGAGAAGGAGAACGCCAGCGGGGUUCUGACCAAUCACAGACACGGUGGAGGAGGGGGCGGGACUAAGGGCAGCGGGAGCCGCGGCAACAAGAUCCGCAGCAACAGCAAGAACCAGACGUCCAGGAACAGCAUCUCCUCCUCCUCCUCCUCCAUCCCCACCUCCAACGGGGGGGGCGGGGGAGGCCCGGGGGGAGGCGGCCUGAUGAUGUCGGCGAUGGCAGCGUCCCCCUGCUCGCAGCCGUCCCGCCUCGCCCCCCGCUCCCAGAUGAUGAAGCGCAGCCCCCCCGCCGUGCCCUCGCCCCCCCGGCCCGUUCAGAUGGAGAGGCACCUGGUACGGCCCCCCCCGGCCUGCCCUGAGCCCAGCUGCCUGCCCCUGGACUGUGGAGCGUCCCACAUCAUGACCCGGGACGUCUGGCUCCGGGUCUUCACCUACCUGAGCCACAGGGAGCUGUGUGUCUGCAUGAGGGUCUGCCGCACCUGGAGCCGCUGGUGCUGUGAUAAGAGGCUGUGGACUCAGAUCGACCUGAGCCGGCAGCGCUCCAUCACCCCCCCCAUGCUGAGUGGUAUCAUCCGCCGCCAGCCCGUCUCCCUCAACCUGGGCUAUACCAACAUCUCCAAGAAACAGCUAAUGUGGCUCAUCAACCGCCUGCAAGGUCUGUUGGAGCUGAAUGUGUCGGGGUGUCCGUGGCCGGCGGUCUCAGCUCUGUGUCAGGCCGUCUGUCCCUGUCUGAAGCUGCUGGACCUCAGCAGGGUGGAGGACCUCAAAGACUCACACCUGAGAGAGCUGCUCGCCCCCCCACCUGACACUAGGACAGCUCACGGUGAAACCAGAGUGGGGCGUUUCCAGAACGUGACGGAGCUGCGAUUGGCCGGUUUGGACCUGACGGACGCAACGUCUCGUCUGCUGGUGCGUUACGUUCCUCACCUGACCAGGUUAGACCUGAGCCAGUGUGGGAGCAUCACAGACCAGACGGUUCACACCCUCACCUCCCCCAUCUCCCCCCUGAGAGAGAGCCUCACCCACAUCAACCUGGCAGGUUGUGUAAAGGUGACGGAGCAGUGCGUCCCGUUGCUGCGUCGCUGCACCUCCCUGCAGACGGUCGACCUGCGCUCCUGCUCCCUCCUCUCCUCUGAGACCGGACAGCUGCUUUCCUUCCCCUCCCACACCACCUCCUCCUCCUCCACCUCCUCCUCCUCAACGUCCUCCUCUUCCUCUGCCACCACCACCGUCGCUGCUUCGUCCUCCUCGUGCUCCACGUCUGCCUCCUCCACCUCCUGUCCUCCUGAAGACAGAACGCUGCUAAAGAACAGCUAAAGUUUGCCUCCGUGUCAUGUGACACCUGGUCCAGGUGGCCUGGAAGCCCCGCCUCCCACCUCAUUACACUACAGACAGGUGAGGAAGAGGAGGAGGAGGGCGGGGGAGAGAAGGAGGACCUGUGCAACAUUUCUCCUGACGCUGGAAAAAUAGAGCAGAGGAGGAGGAGCAGGAGGAGCAGAGACAUAUUUUGGGAAACAGUUGUUGGUAAAAGUUAAAGAAUAGAAACCCUGAGCAUGUACAUAUUUGUUCUCUGUACAAUUUUGAGUGUGUGUAUAUAUCUGUAGUUUACUGUAAAUGAUCCUUAACCUUUGACCCCCUGCCCCCUCCCCUCCCAACACACUCCUCUCCUCCCUCCUUUCCUUCUCUCCUUCCUUCCGUCCUUCUAUCCUACGACCAAUCAUCAUGCCGGACAUCCACCUGCUCGUCUGUAGCUGCAGAACAGGGAGGAAGUGAAAAAUCCAAACUUCACGUCGUCCACAUUUUAGUUGCUGUUGUUUGAACGGUACCCCCCCCCCCGGACACGUCUUUGCUCCUCGCCCCCCCCCCCACAGGAAGUCAGACAGCUGCAGGUCUGACUCUGGAGAUGACGUUUUUAAUGACAGCAGUCUGACGUUUGUAUCUGACGCAGAGUCAGAGUGAAUCAAACAGUUGGAGAAAAGUUGUAGCUAGGCUAACAGUUUAUUUGUGCUAAGCUAGGCUAAACACAUCUGUGUCUCUGAGCUGGUGUCCAUCCUCUCAUCUGACUCUGGGGAGGUCUGACUCUAAAAACGCUGGUUUUCUGUCUGACGUUUGGUGGAAGCUUUACAGCCGAGCUGCACGUACCGUUUAUUUCAGAUUACAACGUCAAAUCAGUCGAGAGAUUCUGGAGUAACCGAGGUCCCUGAUCGGACACUAACUGGAGAUCUGAUGGAUGAAGUGUUAUACGUCAGUCACAGUAUUUUCAACAAGAAUAAAACCAAUCAAAUGAUCGAACAGUCGCGAGUAACAAACAGGAAUCUAAUCAGGGGCCAGUUCAUCAGAAUAUUCAGUGUUUCCUGCAUCUGGUCAGAAAAUGAUGUAAAUAGUAAAGUUUAGCCACGUUUAUUGAAGAAGAGUAUUGUGGGAAUAAUCAGAGCCGCAGUUCAGUCGAGUUUCUUCUGGCUGCAGUGUUAACGUGAGAGUAUAAACCCAGUGUGAGCAGCACACACACACACACAGACCUGCUCAGUGUUUCAGUUGAUAAGUUAUUUUGAAGUACCCACAAUCCUCAGCUGUAUCGCUCCGUCUCCAUCCUGACGUCCUCAAAAUUUUCCCAGUACAAAGGAAGUGAUGAGGCUUCUUUAAGGAGAUUAAACCCCGCCCCCUCAUCUCCUCACCUGACAGGUGAAGAGCUCAGCAUCCGUCCGUCCACUCACAUUAAAACCACCUCCUUUAUAUUUCUGUUUCUACACCAGGAAACAGCCUGCAGACCAGUCAGUCACCAGGGCUAGGCUAACACUUUCCCCCUGCUUCUGGUCUUUGUGCUAAGCUAAGCUAAGCUAAGCUAAAUGGAGCUGAAGCUUCCAGAUGAGACAUGUUCUCUAAAAACGUCAGACUGUUCCUUUAAGCUCGUCGGAUGCUCUCAGAGGCAGCAUUUUGUUUUUGUUUUGGCGGCGCUGCAGGUGAAGUUUGGUCAGGUGUGUUUUUGGUUCGAGGUGUUUUCCUUCACGUUCCUGUGUGUGUGUGUGUGCGUGUGCAUGUGUGUGUGUGUGCGUGCGAUCAGACCGACAGCGCUGGGUGUGUUUGAAACUGAGCCUCAAUGUCUUCAACAUUCGCCUCAAUCAUUCAUCUUUCCUCUUUGUUUUUAUAUCGGCUCUGUUUCCCUCCAUCGUCUCUGUUCAUCACCUCUGAUCAGAUUCUUCUUCAGACGUGAUCGAUCAUGUUUUUUUCUCAGGAGUAAUUUUUUUUGUUUGUUUCUCUUUAAACCAGGUUUUAAUUUAUUUCUGUGUCACAGCAGCACUCGCUCCCAUCCAGUCCAAACUGAGACUGCUAAAUCCACAACUUUAAUAUUUCACACUCCAGCCACGUUUUAAUGGGUCAAUGUUUUUACAUUACUUCCUGUGUUUGCUGCAUUGUUCAGAUUGUUUUGAUGAAUUUCAGUGUUUUCUAUGGUCGCCCAUUUCUGCCACGAAAAAAAAAAACUUGAAAAGUUAAAGAAAGAAAAGUGAAAACACUCAGUCGAGAUUAUAAGAAACUAAGUCAGAAUUUACAGUCUUUUUAUCGUUUCAUUAUCUAGACAUACUGUCUCAUAAGCUCAAUUUGCUCACCAUCUUUUAAUCUCGAAUCAUCUUUUUAUCAUAUAAUCUUCAUCAGGUAACAAUUAUGAAAUCACUGAUUUCAUAAUCUAUAUUCAUAAUCUAGAUUUGACGUCAUAAUUUUGUUUCAAACAUCAAAUUCUGAAUCAACAGAUUUUGUCUAAUUGUCUCAUUUUUCAUUUACCAUGAGUAUUUUCGAUUCUCAUUUCUGAUUUUUCAUCUAUUUUUAUUUUCUUGGCUUAACUGGGCUUCCAUAGUUUCUCAGGGGCUUCGUUUACGAAAAAUUGACCACGACCUGAACAUCGUGUCAAUGUAAACAACCGAUUUCGUCAUGAGAAUCAGUGGAUUUGAUCGUAAACUCUGAUGUUUCGUAAACGACGCCUCGAUGUUUCUGCAAAAGCAAACAGCUGAUUCAUCGGUUACACUCAGCUGAGACUGUCUGAUGUUUAUUCUUCUUCAUGUGUGAAAUAGCUGUCUAACGUGAGCCAGUGGCACUGGGGGGGGGGGGGGGGGGCAUGUUCCUUACGGCAUAUUUUCAAAUGUACACGACAAUUCAAACAGCCAAUCAAUCAUGAACUACAGUCAUUAGGAUGAAAAAUAAUCAGUACUAGUUCAUCAGGUUCUCCUUGUACCGGCAGCCAUGUUGGUUCGCUAAUUCCACGUUAGCCGCAUCGUGCUGAGUCGUGUUGUUGCAUCACCUCUGCUGCUCCGCCAGAGAACCAGAAAGCUGUUGAACAAAGAUGCAAAAAUAAAUCUACGCAUUAAAAUAUCUCCAGAGAAUGAGCGGGAGAAACAGACGCAGACUUCAUAUUCUCGACCUUAGACCUGCGUCGCUAGCAUGCUAGCAGGCUAGCUAACCAAUGUUAGUCUGCUACAGAACAAAGGACACAGGCUGGAGGUUGUUAAGAUUUCGAUUAGGGAUGAAUUGAUCAGGCGAUUGUUUAGUCAACCAAGUGAGAAUGAAUUGACAGCAGCUUUGAUUAUUGAUUCAUCAUUAAUUUUCAGAGUUUCAGCUAAUUUUCUGACUUUAAACUGGAAUCUGAGAAGUUUUUCACCAUUUUCCGACAGUUCGCAGACUACUCAAUGAAUCAGUAACAAUCACUGUUUACAGCCAUUAAUCGUAUCAUUAAGUAUGAUAGCAGUCGUCGAUGGAUCAGUGAACGGACCAAUCAGGUUCAAGUGUUCAGGUGUCACAGGGUCUCUGGUCUUGGUCUUGGUCCUGUGUAGGACAGUGGGGGGGUCAUGGUGGUCCAUGUAGCUGCAGUCAGACAUCUGAAGUGUUGACUGGUCCUGGAGCUGCUGUAGUCCAUAAAAUAAAAAGUAUUAGUGUUUGAAUUUUAAAUUGCCAUGACACCGUGUUGUGCCAUAAACUCACAGAUCAAUGUGUCGCUGUGUUAAAGUCUGAAUGGGUCAGUUUUUAUAUUUUAUUUUUUGUAUUCUGUUGUGAUUUAGUUGGGUUUUUUACUGUAAGGUGGGGCUGACACCUGCAGCCUCACACGUCCUGUUAAUGAUGCUUCAGACUUCACCUAGCAACAAGUGAGGAGAUCAAAUCUGAUUGGUCAAUAAUCCCUGACUCCUGAAAGCUCUUAUCCAAUCAGACGCCCUGACAUAUCUCACCCUCUCUGUCUUGUAAAAGCUGAAUGAUGUUUUAAAGAUGCACUGGAUCAUCAUCACCUUCAUCCUCACCUUUUGCCAAAUGUAGUUUUUGUUGUGAAAAGGGGCAUUUUUUCUGUUUUUUUCUUUGUUUGUUUUUUGUUCUUUUUUAUUCUUUGUCCAUGAAUCUUCCGUUGUGUUGAUGAAAAAAAAAAUGAGGAAGAAGCUGGAACAAAAAGUAAAAAGAGACACAAAAAGACCAACUCAAGGCAGCUACGUAUGAGUGACUACUGUAAAAUGACUAACUAAUAAAGAAGCAAUGGGUUUGUUUUUACA